AAGCACUCAAAGCUGUCCAGUUCUACGUAGCAUUUCGAAGCGAGUAACUCACGGGAAGAGUUUGUGCUAUUUGUAAAUCAGAGAAACAAAGGAAAACAAAUGUCGCUGUUACAAAUCUGCAUUUUAAUAGGGGCGAUUGCGUUUACCUUCGCUGAAAUUGUAGAUUUCAAGCCGUGCGGCGAUGUCGACGCCUGCACCAUACACGAAACACGCAUCGAUCCUUGUCCACAGGCUAGCGAGCAUUUGGCAUGCCAUAUACGUCGCCGCCGUCCGGCCACUAUGUCCUUCGACUUCACGCCCAAUUUCGCUGCGGAGACGUUGGAAGCCGGCUUGGCUUGGCAGAAGAGCGCUACACAGGACCUCCCGUUGAUCACCAUGGACAAGGAGGCAUGCAAGUACACAACCUGCCCGACUGUUGCUAAUCAACGUCAGACAUACACCAUAGAUGUGCCGAUCGAAAGCAAAUUCCCACUAAAUUCGUACACAAUCAAAUGGACGCUGAAGGCGCCCACCGGACAGAUAUGCUGCUUCACCAACGACAUCAAAGUUGUGCGUUAAGAAGAUGGAAGAGGAAGUGACAAAUAUUGUUUUACAGUUUGAUUUGAUAUGGAAAAGAUAUUGAUGAUGAGAAAAUAGUCGACAAAAAAAAUACUAGUGAAGAAAAGUUGCACUUUUAUCACGAAACUCGUUAACGCUACAUCGAUUGAAAUCCUUUGGAGUGUUAGUUAUUGAAAACAAUUGUCCAGAAAUAAGCUAACUGUGUAAUUAUUAUUUUUCUUAAAUUAAAAUUAAUUCUAAAAUCUAUGAGAUGUGAAAAAAUCCCUUAAAUGGGUAACUAUGUUUUACAAAAUAUACGAAUGUUUAAUUUGCUUAAUCGAUUAAGAAAAACGUGUUAUAUUUUAUAUAUUUUUUUAUUUGCAAUAAGAAUUAUUAUCUAACAGAAGGAAUAGAGCAGUGGCGAUUCCAUUAUAUAAUUAAGUAUUUAGAGUAUUUGCUUUCGUUACUUUCCUAUGACUGCAAGUUCUCCGUAAUAUAAUGGCGAAAAUUUAUAAAAACUUAAAUUUAAA